AGAGAUGGAUCGUUCUAUAUUUAUAGUGAUUUUGCUUUUACAUUCUAGUAUGACAUCUGUUGCAGAGCCAACCUGCUCCAAAUUUCACUACGAAGAACAGACUCUAGAAAAAAUGAUUAGACAGGAAAUAAAAGUUGAGAAUAUGAAUAGUGAUAUGCGACUUACGGAGCAACGAGUGCUCGAUGCUUUAGAGAAACUGAAAACGGAAAGAAGUGCAUACAUUAAGGAUCUUAUGAAAAAAGAAGGUGAUAUUGAAGUGCUGAAGACAAAAAUGGACGAGGAGCUGAAGAGGAUUGACGAAAAAAUGGAUAACUUUUCAAAAGAAGUUCAGAAAAUACAGGAACUGGUAUUGACGCCAAUUAUUGCAUUCAAAGCUAACAAGGCUAAUGACAUAUCGUUGGGAAACAACAAGGUGAUUGUCUACUCAAAUAUCAUUCUAAACACUGGCGAUUCUUAUAACAAAGACAAUGGCAUGUUUGUAGCACCCGUUAGUGGAUUAUAUCUGUUUACCGCACAAGUGUGUUUGAAAAAAAGUGUUUGGGUUAGUAUUGGAAUUGUCGUGAAUGAUUCAAUUGUUUCUAAGGCAGGUAUAGGUGAAAACGUCUGGGAGAAAUGUUACACAAUUGAUGCAAUCACGGCGGUUGAAAAAGGAAACGAAGUUUUGGUAAAAUGUACAGCUGGCUGUGCAAACAGUGACCAAUUAUACGAAAGCAUCACAUACGCAACAAACAGCUUCUCUGGCGUUCUUAUACAUAAAACAGUUUAAAUAACUUCGCUUUUGCUGUCAGUUAUAUUUACUUGUAACUCUCAACCUUAGCAAACAUUUAUUUUCGUACAAAAUGUUAACAUCUAGCUGUACCUAUAUUUUAAAGUACUUAAGUCAAAAAGGCGUGAAACAAUACAACACAACAUUGGGACAUAUAUAAACAUAGAUUAUGCAUAAGUUAUUAAUUCGAUAAGGCAAAAUUGUACAUAAAUUUAUUUCUUAUCCAAGGAGUACGCAGUAAUGCAGUUAUAUAUUUUUGGUGUAGAUUAUCAUUACACAAAGGCAUUGAAGCGAUUUUCGAGCAUUAUUUUUCAUGGAAGAAACAUCUGGUGGUUCUCCUUGUAUUAAUAUUUAAAUGAGCAGGGAAACUAACUAAACAACGUCAUUAUGUACUUUUGUUAACCAUAUACAUUUUCCAGAAACUUUUUAACUUUCACGCAUGAAAAACAGUCUUUCCAUUAUAUGGCUUUCAGACUUGUUAAAAGAAUAUUUAAGAACACUGCAUUAAUUAUUCUCAAUGCAUAAAACAUUAAGAAAUGUGUAUUACGUAAUAUUUUUAACAUAGGAUCGUUCAUUAUUUAAAUCUUGUAAAAUGUCGGACUGCAUGUAUCAUGUUCCGUUUUAGGGUAAGUGUACCAAUGUUUUAAAGUAUUACUAUGAUAAAUAAAUUGUGUUUCUAUC